GCAACGAGCAGCUGACAUCGUCAUGGAGCCUAGCGCGUAUCGGCGGGUGUCGCUGUUGAGCUGGGAAUGAAAUACCCGAUAGCGCAGCUGGAGGCAAGCCUGGCUGUGCAGGUCCAUCGUCACUGCUCCGCGCUCAGAUGAUGCUCGACUCUCCAACGCUGCUGUUGCUUGUGCCGCAACACAACUCGUGAUCGCCACCAGCGUAGUUAGUUUCCCUUCGUGACAGGCUUUCUCCGGUCAAAGGCGGCACGAUGAUGUCUACCGAUGAGGGCAUCGAUGACGAGCUCUCUGACUACUGGACCAGUCCCAAAGUUGUGGUGAAAUGUGUGGGUCCCAAACUGGUGCCGUUUCUGAAGACGGUCGCCCUUUACUUCGUGGUGGCCAUCUCGUGGCAGCCAUCGUGGCUGGGCUGCCUGCUCAAGUGCCUGCCAGUCGCCUUCCUCAUGGUGUUCGUUGUUCUGCACGGCAUCUCGCUGGGCGACGCACGCCACUGCUACUCGCGCCGCGUGCUCUUUGGCCUCGGCCUCUCGUGCCUGGGCGACGCGCUGCUGGUCUGGCCGUGGGGGUUCCUCCCAGGAAUGGGUGCCUUUGGUGCCGCACAUCUGUUCUAUAUUGCAGCCUUUGGCACGCAGCCACUCAACCCAUGGGCCGGUGCUGUCUGCCUGGCCUGCAUUGCUGCUGCUGGCACUUUGCUGCUGCCAAACCUUAAUGGUGUGUACCUCUUCGCUGUGCCCCUAUAUGGCUUUGUGCUCAUGGUCAUGGUGUGGCGUGGUGUCUCACGGGUGCGGUUCUUCGAUGACCUCUGGACCUGGACCAAGCUGUGCUCCUGCUUUGGUGGCAUCCUCUUUGCCGCCUCCGACCUGCUCAUUGCGCUCAACCUCUUUUACCUGAGCGCUCCGCCCGGCUACAUCCAGCAUGUCAUUAUGCUCUCAUACUACGCAGCGCAACUUGGGAUAGCGCUGUCGGUCGUCGACUGCCGCACUAUGGCAGCCAUUAGUGCUGCAAAUGAGCAGCCAGCACCCUGCCGCAAUGGCAGCUCCUGCUCCACAACUGCUGCAGUGUCUGCUACACACGUGCCGGGCACAUCCAAGACAAGGCUAGAAUAGACCACUGAGAAAGAUGGACACUGCGGCGAACCACAUCGUUCCAGGGCCCACACACCUUCUUCUCGAUGAACAACACCUCUCGUGUAUCCCCUUAACAGGUGGACCGUCACCUAGAGCACCGGAAACGUCAAGUCAUUGCCUGCGAUGCAGCUACCAGAUGCCUUCCAGAAUGAGCUCUUUCACGUUGCAGAGCAUGUGCAAGGCACAGCAAAGGAAUUUUCUGCGUUUAUAGUACUGUGUCGCAGACGUUCUUUCAGUCAACAAAGCUGCGUGUGUGCCUGGUUUCUGAACAGCGGCUAUAGCUGUUGCCCACCAUACAGCCACGCUUUUUCUGCAAGAGUGCACUGUGUUAGCUAUAUGCAACAGAUGGGGUCGUAAUAUGGCAUUUGUACGCAUCCUGGCCUCUGUGCAUGUUCAAGCUACAUACUGCUGAUAGAGGAGCCACUACCUGGUCUGCAUCCAUUAGCUGGGUCUGUCUGCUAAUUACGAUCCAGCAUGGAUGGCAGCUGCGGCAUGGGAGUUCUGUAGUCCCAAUGAACAAAAGCUGCCUAUGUGAUUGUAAACCAGUAAAACUGUCUUUGCGAAUCAAGGUGGAGAGAGCUGCCAGCCAAUUUUGGCUGCAUUGCAACAAGUGUGCAAUGGUGCAUCACUGCCCAUUGUCAUUAUCUCACAGGCACCUUUCUUUGGGCAGGUAGAAGUUUCCUGCACUACUAUGCUGCCAUCGUCUUGGCAUGCAGGAUUUGUUAGGUCAGGUGUUCAACAUGUUAAUAUCUACAACAGUGCAUCGUAUAGUGCAUGCUUUCACUGUUUCUGCCUAGAUAGAUAUAUUGCCUAAGGUCUGACUGUGGGAAACUUCAUCCCAACCUUGACAACCCACGAGCACAGCUGAAAUCUGAUGGCGAUGUUUGUGGUGUUUCACACCUGACCUACGAAUUUUCCUUGGUCAGUAUUAUUGUGAUGAGAGAAGGGAGAGAGCUGGUUUUCUCUACUUCCAAGGAGUCUGCACAACGUUACUCAGAUUCGGUAGCCCACGCGCAGAGUACCGGUGUAAAGAAACUCAAGUCCAAAUUAGUUUAGUGAAACUUUGUACUUGUAGUAACUAUUUUUGUGCACGUUUUAUGUGCAUCCUUGUUAUCACUUGUUCUGUGAAAUUGUGUAAUGCAUCUCAGAAUUAGACCAGAGGUUGUAUCUUGUAGUGAUUCGUUUUCUACUGUUUGUGACCUUUGUCAUUUGCUGAAUCAAAACUACGACAUUGCUAUUGCCAGGAUCAGCCAACUCAGCCUGACGGAUGAUGACAAAAUAGGAUCACAGUAGAAGAAUCCUUACAAAAUAUAGAGCUAUUUAAGGGACCCUGAAACACUUUUCUAACUAAUCAUGGACGUCAUCUCCUGAAUCUCAGGCCUCAAAAAUUUUUGGAAUCCUUCGGGUGUAACCGAGGUUAUCACACCGAUGCACAGCUUUCUCUUUCUUUUCGUGUCCACUCUCUGCUAGCGCUGGAAGCUACAGAGGGGGCAAAGCCCCACCCAAAAGUUCAGUGCCUUGGCGGGGCUCGUAGUAAUGACACCCUAUGGCAGCUGUAGUAGCCUACGCUAGCUACACAGCACGCCACUGCUAUCUCGGAGGCCACGCACAGCAGACGCAGCUAUGCACAACUGUUGUGUAGAUCAACAGUGCAAAGAUGAAAUUCUUCCUCUGUCCUUCUGAGAUCGUAGACAUAUAUUGACCCUUUUCGCGGCGAUCCCGUGGGCGCUGCCAUGUUUGAUCACAUGCUGACACGUCCAUUGCGUGCCUCGAUCAACUGCCCCCAUUACCUCCGUGUUUACAAUGGAUGCGUAUGAUGCCGGUGCAGCUUAGCAAACCUGUUUCGGGAGAUAUCGUAGACUGUGACUGGGUGGACGACACAAAGCUUUGGCCACAGCUUCAGAGAACAUGCAAAAGUACUUUUGGAGCUGAUUAAGCUAUGUCCAAACGGUGUGAGCAAUGUAUAUGGUGCUUGCUCUAAAAGCGGGGAUAAAUAUGUAUUCCAAGCUAUCCAAAUUUUCCGCUCAUGAAUUGAAUCGAGAUUAGCGUGUUUUGCUCUUCAUUCUUUAUUUGGCAAAUAUUUUGAAGCAGUGGCUUGUCAUGUUUCCGUCUCGGUAAAGUUCCUCGGUACGGUCACUAUCUGAUUAUUUUCUGCCUAAUCGCUCACGGGCGUGCUCAGUUCCAUUAGAUUUGUUCUUGCUGUUCAGAAGGCUUGAAAUGUAGCUGUUCUGUACAUAGUAAUACCUUGUAGCAAAGACCUAUUAUCGCUGGUAAAUCGCUUACUCUUGCGGACCGUCACAAAACAUUCAGCUUCGACCAUUUGUGCGCUGUCGGUGUAGUACUGUCAUUUAUUGUGCGUAUAUAAUGUGCAUAUAUUCAAGUGUGCGCCCAUUCACUUGUUCUUGACACGUUGGCGAUAUGUCGAAAACAUGCACGGACUGUUCAGCAGCGGUCCACAAACUUGGCCACACAUAUUCAUUACAUUCCUUAAUAUGCCAGUCACUAUUUUCGCAACCAACUACUGCACACAUCUUCAAUCCACAUGGUUCAAUCCAGCAUAAUUGGAGCACCGUGCGUUAGCGAAAACUCAGUUGCAUUUCCGACAGCUGAUCGCACAGAAGCAAGGUAGAAGCCGUAAUGGUUUCGUAUUCGUGUGCGGUCGCUGAGGCGAUGUACGGCACACCGCCGAAACCACCCUGUUGUUUCUCUAGAACAAGCUGCUCUGCAAAAAGGGUCAAUAUGUUUCAUUUAUUUAACUCAAGAUUAACAAAUAUAGUAUCACUGAUAAUCACAAAGUAAGCAAAUAGCUGCUAAUGUGUCCAGCUGCUUGCAAUGAUGCUGCAUGUCGACAUUGUGGAAGCGAGAACAAGCGAUUUUUCGCUGUUGUUGACACGAGGUUUUAAAUUCCCUGCUGCGUGCAGUGCAAUAAUAUUUGACUCACAUGUUCAAAGGAGCCUCUUCUACAGAUUGGCAAUGUUUGCUUACUAUGUUCAAAAAGUGUUUCAGAGCCCCUUUAAUGAUUGUUUGGUGGAUUCAUGGAGAGGUUUGCUGGUCUAUAUAGGUACAUAAAUAAAAUAUGUAUUGGAAUGUGUCCGAUGGUUAGUAUCCCUUUUUUUUGUGUUUUGUUUUUGCCUUCAAAGGUUUUGCCAUUUUUCAAAUGUCAAGUCCUUUUAUUUACUCGUAGUGGGAUGGCAUACUUUACACGCAUGCCCAGAACUUUCUGAGGACAUUUUCUUUGGGUACAUAUAGGUUAUGGGAAAGCAAUGUUUUAUUUAACGCAACUUUUGUGGCUAGAUCUGUUCACCACUCUGCAAUUCAAUUGUUGGUUACCGAUUCAGUAGUGAAACUGAUACUUUAAUGCACGUCUUGAUUUGUACGGCCAUUUUAGUAAUGGUAUGGCAUCAACUGAUGUUAUUUGCAAGCUGUAAUUCAGACAGAGCCAUCAUUUGCAAUGGCAUGUUCUCUAACUUAAUGUAUGGCAUUUAACGUGCUGAGUCAGGAAAGAAGAGUGGGUGCAUUGUGGCCAUAUGGUUAACUUUCACUAAUUCAGAACUCGUAAGGCAUGUAAAAUUAAUUUAUGUUGCCUUACACUCAAAUUGCCAUAUCUGCAUGAAUACAUUGCUUUUUCUGUAAUUCUCGGAUAAAAAUUACCUGUUUGAUAUGCACGAUAGUUUCUGAUGAAAAUUGCUAGACAGAACUUUGGUGCUACGAUGGGAAUUAUGUUAGUACACAGAUUUGUCUUGUCUUUAUGCCUGUGGCUUCAGACAUUCUUGCAGCUUCAUUUACUACGUUCGAUCUGCACCUUUAUUGGCCUAAAUUUCAAAGAAAUCCUAUUUCUCUAAACGCAGAAGGCAAUCGGACUCUACGCACAUGUGUAAUUACUGUGAAAUGUCAUAUUUAUAACGCAGUACUUUGAUGAAAGUGAUCAGUUUGCAAAGUCGCAAUGGCAUUCGACGCUAGAAGGACAACGUUUAGGGCAAGUCACUGUGUACUAAUCAUGCUGGAUGAGCCGCCAUGCUCACAGCUCCCACAGACAGUAGCGCCAGGAUUACUUCUGGUGACUUGUGUAGGCAACUCUGAUGUCUGCCACAGCGGCUAUGGCUUUCUGCUGCUGCGUAUGAGGUCGCAGGUUUGAAUCUCAGCCAUAGCAACUACCUUCCGAUGCCAGAAUGCAAGAACACUGUUGUACCAUGUAAGGUGGUAAAAAAUUAAUCUCGGCCCUGCUGCUAUGAGGUCCCUCGUAACCCCUUUGUUUCUUCAGUAUGUUAAACCCCACUAACCGUUCUAGAACAUCAAUCAACCAGCCUAAAAAUGCAUCUCGUGCAGUACUGUUUUUUUUCCUUUCCUUUUAGUUAAGAUUUUAGAAAAAAAUUGUGAUGCUAGUCUUAUGAUUUCUUUUUAGCAGGAAAGCACUUCACUCCUGCUUGGCUUUAAUUUGCAAUUUCAACAUUUGUCCUAGAAUGAACUUAAGGUUAAUUAUAGUAAGUGUUUUAUUUAGCCACCAGGACAUUGCGAUUUCUCAAGCAGGUAAUUUUAGCAUCUCCCAGGAAUUCACCUGCAAGAGCAAAGCAGCACUAUCGUAGGCAAUUUUUUUUUUUUUGUAUCUGCUUGAAACAAAAAAUCCGGUCUUAUAUAUUUAACUGUGCUUAUGAAUGUAAUGCAAUAUUUUUCUUCCUACACACUGCAUUUUACCACAGAACAGAAAACCUGAACAAUGAGGAGAAGCCAGCCCUAAGCAACAUGAUAGCAGUGAGAUUGGUUGUAUGUUCUGCUGGAAUGCCUGCUACUUAUUUUGCAAAAAAUCAGCAAGAAGACUUCUCCAUGCACCUAGGGUGAUAUGCAGUGCAGCACAGUGAUGGCAAGGCAUAGAUGGUGAUUGAAUGAAACAAACUUUAAAAAGCAAGUCUAGCGAUUUCUUAAAAUGUAUGAAUACCAGCAAAAUCUGUGUCGUACGUUCUGCUAUACACUAUCAUGUGUGCCAACUGGUGCAACUAAGAGCUGAGUAGUUUUUUUUCGUAAAUUAAAAUUAUCACCGUAUGUGUAUUCCAGAUGUCCUCGAAUCGGUGAUUUAUGCAAGCCACCCUGUGCUUGCUGCUUCGACCGCCAGCACAGCAGCACUAGCUGCUUCUGAAAUUUUGCAAAUUUGUCCUUAAACAAAGUCUACCAACUUAUCUACUGGCACAAUUCUUUCGGCAGCAGUGUAACCUUCUUAGUGCAACCUUCCCGUUUCAUUGUUUUUUGUCGAGAACCAGGCAGUGGAAGAAAACAUAAUUUGUUGCUGAAGAACAUUCUGUCUGAUCUCAAUACUAGCACUCUUACACUCAGGUCCCUAGAUAAAAAUUUUCAAGGUGCCGUAGUGCCAUUCUUUCAUCCAGCCACCAUCCUCCUCAUCCUUCUGCUCUCCCACCAUUGCCCGUGCGUGAUUGGCUUAGUGCAGUCACGUGGCACAGAGGUGGUUUUUUUUCGUAUAGCAUGGUUUACGCCAACAUAUGCAUGCAUGAAUAAGGCUUACUACACGGAAUACAGUUUCAAAGUGAGCAUUGAUAAUAAGUAUAGUACGACACGAACUAGGAUCUAUUUGUUUUUGCACGUGUAUUGAAAAGGUCGGCACCUUUUGGUUGUACUAGUGGCAUUCCCUGUAGGAGAACAUAUAGAGGUAGAGGGCAGCGGGAAAGGGGGAAUGGCACUACCUUGAAACUUAUCUAGGGACCUUAUGUUUGGCAUUAUGAGCAGGAGCGCUCUACGCUACCCAGUACAGUGCUGUUCUUGAUGUAUACUUUUUAAUUACUUAGACUUGUUUGGCGAUUCUAAUGACAAAUGAAUUACCUUAUGCAUGGCAGGACAUGCAAAUAAAGUAAAAUGACUUCUUUACAUGGCAGAAAAAUCAACUUCUUUGAAUUGCACUGCUCAUGGGUCAUUUGCAGAAAUGACUGCUAGAACAAAGGAGUAGCUCGCACAUGGGUUUUACAAUUAGGCAGGGGUGUCAUUUUUGUGGUUGUCAUAUUUAGCAUAAAGAUGCAUCAUAGCAGUAAUUUCUUUUUCAGACAAUAUAAAAUGCACCAUUGACAUUAUAAUCAUAGUUUUUAUAUGCACGCAUAUUUGGUAAACAGUGCCUUCAAGAUAUGCAUUAAACCACAUAUUUAUUGAGGUGAGAUUAUCUUUGACAGCAGUUUGUGUACAUGCUUUGAAGUGCGUGAAAAUUCUUGCAAGAUCAGAAUGGCCUUGUAGCAUGUUAUCAUUCUGCUAAUAAGCAGAUAGAUGCACUAGAAGUGGUGAAAUAAUGAGGUGCACUUAUUUGAGCAUCUAAUUGACAUUUGAAAUCUUGGAAUUUAGUGAACUUUCUGUGCCAUAGAUGUAUGGGCAGCCUGUUUGCAUCUUUUCAACAGAAUCAAAAGGGAGUUAAAUGUCACUAUACACUGCAUUAAUGGAAUUUCAUUCAUGCUACACACAUACAACCAUCUUGGUUGCAAGCUGUGCUUAGUAGAAGUGACAAUUUGUGAAUUGAAAGACAACACAUUGUUUGAAAACAUACUGAUGUGUGAUUGUCUAGGCAAAACAGGCAGCUGCAAGAAGCUUGCUUAACAUGAGUUUAGAAUUGGUAUUGUAUUGAUUUCCAACAUAGUUACAGGAGUGCAUAAUGCAUAGGAGAAAGUCCCAUCAUGAAUUACACUAAAACACUAAAAAAGAUUCGUUGGCAUUGCAAUUGACCAUAUGGCAGUUUUGUACUAUAUAUAUAUAUAUAUAUACUGUUGCUGGAAUGGCGCCUUUCUUACAGUAGUGACUUGUGUUGUAAGGAGGAAAAAGGUAGGCUGUCAUACCAUGUAUUGAAGUUGAAUCUUGCUCUCAACUGCACUUGUGGGAUCGGUUCUGUACACUGCUGGCAAGUGACCAGCGUACCAUGUUUUACCCACAUUUAACUGCCACAUUCUAUUCCAUUAAGCCAUGUGCCAUGCAUAUAUAUAUAUAUAUAUACAUAUAGGGUGUCCCACGUAACUUGAGCCAAAUUUUUAAAAUAUGAAAGUGCCACAUAGCUGGACAGAACCAAGGUAAUGUUGUUUGCCAUCGCUUGGAAAUACUCAGAUUGUUUUUUUGCAUUCCACCUUAUUACAUGAUUAGUCUUAAUUGAUUAAUCAACUUCUCAAAUACUAUAAUUAGAUCAAAAGAGUCCCUGAGGAAAUUGUAGAGCAACAUGAAAAACUCCCUAUACAGUUUUCUGUUGCACAAUACAUGCUACUUAAGAGUGUUUUUCCAAGCAUGAAAGAAGCCUGUGAAUACAUGAAAAAUUGCUCCACAACUGGCCGCUCGAUGUACUUUGCGUGUAUUCGAGGGCUUCUCUCGUGCAUGGAAAAACACUUUUAUGUGGCACGUAUUGAGCAACAGAAAGCUGUAUUGGGAAUUUUUCAUGUUGCUGUACAAUCUUCUCAUUGACACUUUUCAUCCAAUUAUAUUAUUUGAGAAGUUGAAUAAUCAUUAAAACUAAUUAUGUAAUUAGGCAGAAUGCAAAAUAUAAUCUGAGUAUCUCCAAGCGACGGCAAACAACAUUACCUUGGUUCUGUCCAGCUUUGUGGCACUUUCAUAUUUUUAAAAUUUGGCUAAAGUUAUGUAAGACACCCGGUAAAUAGCUGGCUCUAAUGAGUGUUCUUAGCUUAGAAUAAAGAGACUGCACACAUUGCCUCUGGAUUUGCUGCGCAGGCCCGAUUUUCAUGUUUCACUGAUAUCUAAUGAAUGCUCAAGUCAACCUCCUUAUGGAGAUCUUUGUGAAAGCGCAUUUGGUGCUAGUCACAUUAAAAUAAACUCCUUUGAAGUUC